AUGAGUCAAAUGAAUCAAGAUGCGGAAGACUAUUUCCGCGUGUGGAAGCCUGAGGAAGCGAAGUCAGAUCAUCAAGAAAAUCCCGUAGAACUCGACCGACGGAAAGCUGCUCAGGAUGCUCUGGCUGUCCAAUACUACAACCUGGUGACUUCGAUCUUUCAAAAGUCCGGCCGCAUGUGCGGACACCUCUGCCGUCUCUCCCCGAAUGAACCCAUGGCUCAGUCCCUGGUCCGCCAUGAACACUAUCUCGCCCACCGCGUGAACAUGCAAGAGGGCGAACGAAUUCUUGACGUGGGAUGCGGCAUCGGUAAUCCAGCACGGUCAAUUGCACGAUUCACCGGAGCGAACAUCAUAGGUCUGAACAUCAACGCGCAGCAACUUCGGCAGGCGCGUCAGUUGACUCAGGAAGCCGGGCUAGGCUACCAGGUUAACUUCGUCGAGCAGAACUUCCUCAAGAUGGAUUUCGCAGAUAACACAUUCGACGGGGCAUACGCCAUUGAGUCGACUUGCUACGCUCCCGACCUUGUGGAGGUCUACAGCGAGAUCUUCCGCGUGAUGAAACCAGGCGCCAGAUUUGGAGUGUACGAAGCUCUCCUAACGGACAAAUACGACAACAACAACCCCAUCCACCGGGAGGUGAAAUCUAACAUCGAGCGCGGCGGCGGUUUAGCUAGGAUCCACACUUCAGCUGAGGCUAUUGCCGCGAUGAAAGCUGUUGGCUUCGAGGUGCUUGCGAUUGACGACCUCGGUGCUCGGCCCGACCAAAUCCCGUGGGAGACGCAGCUGUCUGACCCGCGUCUGGAGAAGCAGGGGCUGUUGUCAUUUGUGCUGUUGAGCAUUUUCUUUGCGGCGAGGGCUUCGCCGCUUGUUAAUAGGGGCUUGCAGGCUCUUGUUGGAAAGCUGGAGCAGAUGACGGUUUUUCCUGCGGGUUCCCAGAAAGUUGUGGAUCUUGUGGUGACAAUUCUGGAUGGGAUGUACCGUGGCGGGGAAUUGGGGAUUUUUUCACCGAUGUUUUUGAUCAUAGCAAGGAAGCCAGAGGCAUAG